AUGAAAUUUCGUAUAUUACCCAGUAGUUCAUCUUCUCGUGAUAGUACUCCAAAUAUUUCUGAUAUUCAAACAUUAAGCUCUCUACAACGUUAUUUAAUUGAGAAUAUAUACAAAUUGGAAGAAAAUUUACCAUUAAGAGCUAGUGUAACAAUUACAAAAGCUGAUGGUGUUGAAGAAAGUGAUGGGAAUAGUGAAGAUCCCAAAGAAAGUGACUAUGAAAAUGAAACAAAUUUCUUCAAUAGUCUUGAUUCCAUCUCAAAGCAAAUUAAUAAAAGCAUAAUAAAUACUGAAAGAGUGAGAAGUAAAGAUUUAGUUAGUAAACAAUUAGAAUACUCAUAUAAGUCCUCAAACUAUGAUAAAAUUUCUUAUGAUGAAAAUAGGGAAGAUGACAAAAGUACCAUAGAAAUAUAUAAAUGUCAACAGAAACUAUUAAAUAACUCUGGACUUCCCAAGGAUUCAACUAAAAAAGAGAAAGAUAAUCUUUUGAACUUAAGUUUAACGCAUCUUGGUGGUAAAAUUUUGGAUAAUUUAGGUGAAGUUAUAACUGAAGGAGCAGAGCAAGUCAAACAUUUCAUUAAAAGGCCAUAUACUUGUAUAGACAGUGAGAAAAAGUUAAAUAAAGCCCUGAGUUAUAAUGUCGUAUACAAUAUAGUUCAAGAGUUUUAUAAUAGGGAGAUGAAUAGAACAAUAAAAGAAAUGUUGAGUUUCACAGAUAAUAAUAAUAUUCAUGAACCCAAAAAAAAGUGGAAUGAUAAUCAUAAAUAUGAAGCAUUUUUAGAGAAUCCAUUUACAGCUAUCAGUUGUUGGGAAGAUCUUGGUAUGAGACGUGAUAUGAGAGAUGGUUGGUUUAUAUCUAAUAUCAAAGAUGGUACAUUUUUAGGAGUAUUUGAUGGACAUGGAGAUAGUGGAUCUAUAUCAUCAGAAUUAGAGGAUAUUUUACCUGAAGAAUUUUACAAUGCUCUAAUUAACCCAAGCGAAAGGGAAUACUUUAAUAAAGAGAAAUCUAACAAACUUUCAUCUCAUUUUCCAAAGGAUCCUAUAAUUGAAGCUUUGUUGAAAGCUUUCAUAAUAGCUGAUCAUAGAAUCCUUAUGUCUUCUAAAUCUUUGAAUUGUGGGUCUAGUGCUUGCUGUUGUUACAUUGUUAGAUUUGAAAAUGACAAAGAACAUUUAGAUAUUCCAUUAGAAAACACAUUGGAAAAUAUACAUUUCAAAAAAUAUAUUUAUAAAUUAUAUUGUUCUAAUGUUGGGAAUACAAGAGCUGUUUUGUGCCGUUCUGGGACUCCAAUAAACUUAUCUAAAGCAAAAUUAUUAGAAAAUGAUUUUCAGACUAAUUCAAGUAAGCAAAAAAGUAUAUAUAACUUGCCCAUUGUUAGCUCUUUUGGCUAUGGUCUGUAUAAACCUCCUAAAGAGUCAAAUUACAUAAUUACAAAUGUUCCUGAUGUAUUCAGUAUUGAACUGUGUACUGAGGAUGAAUUUCUAAUUGUUGCUAGUCAAAGUAUAUGGGAAGUCUUAGAUGAAAAUCAGGCUGUAUUACUUAUUAAAAGUAUUUUGGAUUCUUUGAUUUCAGGGUAUCCUAAUUUAAAAAGAAAGAUAAUAUCAAACACCUUAGCUCAAUGUAUAGUAACAGAGGCUCUUUUAAGGGGUGUUACUGAUAAUCUCACCUGCAUUGUAGGCUUAUUUAUAUGA